UGGUGGUGGUGCCAGGCUGUGUGGUGGUGGUUGUUGUGGUUGUGGUGGUAGUGCCAGGCUGUGUGGUGGUAGUGGUGGUAGUGCCAGGCUGUGUGGUGGUAGUGCCAGGCUGUGUGGUGGUAGUGCCAGGCAGUGUUCUGGUGGUGGUGGUGGUGGUGCCAGGCUGUGUGGUGGUGGUGGCACUAGUGCCAGGCAGUGUACUGGUGGUGGUGAUAGUGGUGGUAGUGGUGGUAGUGCCACCACGGCAUCGUUUGUGGAUAUUACCAAGACCAGAACACAGAGUGCUCUGUGUUCAUUUCCACUCAAUAGAAUGGAGGACCUGUUGACGUGUACUGUUUGCUGUGAACAGUACCAUGAACGGGUUAGACACCCGGUGCUCCUGCCCCGUUGUGGCCACUCAUUCUGUCGACCCUGUGUGGCCUUCCUGGUCAAAAAUGGCUGUGUGAUUUGUCCAAGUUGUCGUAUGGACCAGAGGGUCGAGACGGCCGAUCAUUUGCCCACUGAAUUCAGCCUUUUGGCCAUUACUUCCGUCCAGCAGGUGACCAAGAUGGAGACGUGUGAGAGACAUCAGGUCAAGUUAUCUUUCUGGUGCAAGACGUGUGAGGAAGCAACGUGUGGUGAGUGUCUCUUCGAGGACCAUCCCACUCACUCACACUGUGUUCUCAAGGCUGCCACGUACAUCUCUGAGAUGAAAGAUUCUGUGGGCAGCAUCACCAGCAAGUUCAUUGAUUCCCUGGACCAGAGAGAGCGGUGGUACCACCAGCAGGUGGUACACUGUACCAAAGUCAUCAACGAGGCCAUUCGUACCCUCACCGUGCUGAGGAAGGACAUGGAGGAGAAUAGGGAACUCCUGAAAGGGGUGAAAGUGGUGGAAGGCAUUGCCCCAACUAGCGCCCUUCGUGAUGCCGCUCAGUGCCUGGCCCUGAAGUGGCACCUGAAGGUGGGGGACCUGAAGGUAAGCAGCCCUACGAAGAAGGAGGAAACGACAGCGCAGGAGGAGAAGGAGAGAGAUGACAGCGAGGUGCAGACUGAUGGCAGUGAGGAGAAGAGAAAUGGGAUUAGCGAGAAGGAGAAGGAGAUAGACGACUCGGAGACUCUUACAGAAGAAGAGAAGAAGAAGAAGAAGAAAAUGUUGAGGGUUAAAGAGAGACUAGCAGCUGCUGCUGCAGCUGCUGACGAAGCAGCUGCGAGGGAAGAAGCUAAGGACAAAGAAAGAGAGAAGGACAAGACAAACGAUGCAAACGGCACAGCCACUAACGAACAGGAAGUGCCCUUGACAAUAGGUGUAGCCCGGACCAGACUCCUGGCAAAGAAAUAUGCCCUGGUACCCAGAGAGCCUUCAAUCACCCCAGAGAGAGAGGUGAGGCUCACUGAAAACCCCCAACCCCAAGAAAAACUGGAUAAAGAAGAGAGAAAUAGAGAAGCCAGUGAUAACAGAGACACAGAAACACAGCCAAAAGGUGAAACACAGUCCGGGACCGAAGUCAACACAGAAACACAGCCUCUCUUGAGAACAGAUGACCAGAAGGAAGCCAGCAAUAACACAGACACCCCCAACAGCUCAACCACAGCGCCCCAGACACAGAAAGACUCACAGACUAAGCUUAGAAACGACCCCCCAGCCACAGGACUCAAAAGACCGAGAGGAAGACUUGCCAGACAAGCCCUCAAGAGGUCCCAGACCAUGACCUUCACCCCUCCAAACGAAGACCAUAACAACACAGACCCGUCCAAGGACCUCCAGUCAGACAACAUCAGAGGCCUGGACCUGGAAACAACGAAAACUAACCAAAACGCACAACCAACGGUGGAUAACAGGGACGCAGAAGAACAAGGAAAUAACGAAACGGUAAAGGAGGAACAACAGGAGAAGAAAGAUGAGGGUGAACAGCAAGAAAAAGAGAAAAACGAAGAGGAAGAAACAAAAACAAUGUUUGACAUGGAACCAGAGGAGAAGGAGAGGAUUGCAACAGAACUCUUACAGGUGCCCAGCCUGACGUUGGUGGUUGAGGGCACAGGUGGUCGUCUUGCCCACGUCACAUGGGAACCCAUGGGCCUACAUGUAUACUGUCAUCAAUACCAGGAGCUGCCGUACGAUGUUGUGCUCAAGGCAAAUGUCAUCCAUUCUCUGGUACCCACAAAAUCACCAAUGGUAUUCCUGGACGUAGGUACGGAGCAGAAGGUGCUGGGCCGUGUAUACAUAAGCCUGUGGGGUCACCUACGUCGUGCUAGCAACUUCGUUCACCUGUGUUUAGGUGACAGAGGUCCCUCCUACAGGAACACCAUGUUCCUGGAAGUCCUCAACGCUGACAGCCCCGGCGAGAGAAUCAAAGGAGGAGACUACGACUACAACAACGGCAGGGGCGGAGAGGCACUCGUAGAUGACCUGGAAAACCACGAAGGAUAUUCCAUGACCAUGGAGGCUGGAAUGGUCACGGCUGGGAGUCCUUGCAGGAGGGAGCAGGACUCUCAGUUCUUUAUCUGUACUGAGGACGACCCUCACAGGAAUUUCACCUGCCCCUUCGGGCGGGUUGUGUCUGGGUUGUAUGUGAUGAAGGAAGCUGUGUGGCUUGUGGUGACCAAGCAAGUCUGGAUCAAAGACUGUGGCUUAGUUCUGGAUAUUCCUAAGUUCUAAAUCCACCCCAGAGUAAGUUCUGGCUUAGUUCUUGAGGUUUCUAAGUUCUAAAUUCAUCCUAGAGUAAGUUCUGGCUUAGUUCUUGAGGUUUCUAAGUUCUAAAUUCACCCCAGAGUAAGUUCUGGCUUAGUUCUUGAGGUUUCUAAGUUCUAAAUCUACCCCAGAGUAAGUUCUGGCUUAGUUCUUGAGGUUUCUAAGUUCUAAAUUCACCCCAGAGUAAGUUCUGGCUUAGUUCUUGAGGUUUCUAAGUUCUAAAUUCACCCCAGAGUUAGUUCUGGCUUAGUUCUUGAGGUUUCUAAGUUCUAAAUCCACCCCAGAGUAAGUUCUGGCUUAGUUCUUGAGGGUUCUAAGUUCUAAAUUCACCCCAGAGUUAGUUCUGGCUUAGUUCUUGAGGUUUCUAAGUUCUAAAUUCACCCCAGAGUAAGUUCUGGCUUAGUUCUUGAGGUUUCUAAGUUCUAAAUCCACCCCAGAGUUAGUUCUGGCUUAGUUCUUGAGGUUUCUAAGUUCUAAAUCCACCCCAGAGUUAGUUCUGGCUUAGUUCUUGAGGUUUCUAAGUUCUAAAUCCACCCCAGAGUAAGUUCUGGCUUAGUUCUUGAGGUUUCUAAGUUCUAAAUUCACCCCAGAGUAAGUUCUCGCUUAGUUCUUGAGGUUUCUAAGUUCUAAAUCCACCCCAGAGUAAGUUCUGGCUUAGUUCUUGAGGUUUCUAAGUUCUAAAUUCACCCCAGAGUUAGUUCUGGCUUAGUUCUUGAGGUUUCUAAGUUCUAAAUCCACCCCAGAGUAAGUUCUGGCUUAGUUCUUGAGGUUUCUAAGUUCUAAAUCCACCCCAGAGUAAGUUCUGGCUUAGUUCUUGAGGUUUCUAGUUCUAAAUCCACCCCAGAGUAAGUUCUGGCUUAGUUCUUGAGGUUUCUAAGUUCUAAAUCCACCCCAGAGUAAGUUCUGGCUUAGUUCUUGAGGUUUCUAAGUUCUAAAUUCACCCCAGAGUUAGUUCUGGCUUAGUUCUUGAGGUUUCUAAGUUCUAAAUUCACCCCAGAGUAAGUUCUGGCUUAGUUCUUGAGGUUUCUAAGUUCUAAAUUCACCCCAGAGUUAGUUCUGGCUUAGUUCUUGACUUUCCGAGACUCUACAUUCACCCCAGAGUAAGUCUCAAGUCCCAAAUCUGGAACUACAACUCUGGAACGACAAACCUGGAACUACAAGCCUGGAACUCAAAGCCUGAAAACCACAAGCCUGGAAUGACAAGCCUGGAACCAUAAGUCUGGAAUGACAAGCUUUGAACUACAAGCCUGGAACCACAAGCCUAGAACCACAAGCCUGAAACAACAAGCCUGGAACCCACAAGCCUGGAACCCACAAAACCUGGAACCCAAAAGCCUGGAACCACAGGCCUUGAACUACAAGCCUGGAACGACAAGUCUGGAACUACAAACCUGGAACCCACAAGCCUGGAACCACAACCUGGAACCACAAGCCUGUAACCAUAAGCCUGGAACCACAUGCUUGGAACAACAAGCCUGGAACCCACAAGCCUGGAACAACAAGCCUGGAACCCACAAGCCUGGAACAAGAAGCCUGGAACCCACAAGCCUGGAAC